AUGCAGGGUGGUCCCGACCCAAACAGCCUUUUCACUGACCCAAUGGCAAAUGUUGCAAUGAUGUACGGGUCAUCUUUAGCCAAUCAAGGAAAGGAUAUGGUAAACAAGGAGAUCAGUCGAUUCAUGUCUGUGAACAAGCUGAAAUACUUCUUUGCUGUUGAUACCAAAUAUGUAGUAAAGAAGCUUAUGAUCCUCAUGUUUCCCUACACCCAUCAGGAUUGGGAGGUUCGGUACCACCGUGAUACCCCUUUAACCCCGAGGCAGGAUGUCAAUGCACCAGAUCUGUACAUACCAACAAUGGCUUUCAUCACAUAUAUUUUACUCGCCGGAAUGGCCUUGGGAAUUCAAAAAAGAUUUAGUCCUGAGGUCCUGGGCUUGUGUGCCAGCACUGCCCUCGUGUGGAUCAUCAUUGAGGUGUUGGUGAUGCUGUUGAGCUUGUACCUACUCACCGUCCACAGUGAUCUGUCAACAUUUGAUCUAGUGGCGUACAGUGGAUACAAAUAUGUUGGAAUGAUCUUCACGGUGCUGUGUGGGUUAAUCUUUGGAAGUGAUGGUUAUUAUGUGGCCCUGGCCUGGUCCUCUUGUGCCCUAAUGUUCUUUAUAGUUCGAUCUUUGAAGAUGAAAAUUGUUCCUUCGACGGACUCUAUGGGGAUGGGAGGCGGUGACUGUAAAACUCCCAAAAUCUUCACCUGCUACGUCUGCUCGUCACACUUGCCAACUGGUGUCCUCAUUGGUCAGCUUGGAACAAUCCUAUCUGCGAUGAUGGAGCCCAGUGCAUAUUCCCUGCUGUCGCUUUCUCCAAAUCCCACGUCUCAAACGGAGCCUUUCUCCUCCUCACCGCACCACACCUGCCCCAGCAGCCGACUGUUGCUGCCUCUAUCCCCCAUCUCUUUCCCUCCAUCUCCAAACUCACUUUCUCCAGCUGCUGCAGAGUCUGUGCACUCAUCCUCCCUCCUUUCUUACUGCGCUGCUCAGGCCAUUGAAGAACAGUGUGCACAGAACAUGAGUCCAGCUUCAGACCAAGAUGACCUGACCUGUCUUAGUUGGCUGCAUCAACGGUGCAACCUGUUACCCUAUCAGCCUCUGCACAAAGUUCCUCUACUCCCCCUAAAUGAGUCGACUGGAUCUGCACCCUCGGCCUCGUCCAAGCCUCCUUAUUCGUUCAGCAGUCUUAUAUUUAUGGCCAUAGAGGACUCACCUGGCAAAAAGCUACCCGUAAAGGACAUUUAUGAAUGGAUUGUGAAGAACUUCCCUUACUACAAAACUGCCACUGGCGGAUGGAGAAACUCUGUUCGCCAUAAUCUGUCUCUUAGUAAAAGUUUUUGCCGCAUCCAGAGAGACAAGAGUCAAUCCGUGGGAAAAGGUUCUCUGUGGUGUGUUUGCCCUGAGUAUCGACCAGGACUUCUUGAGGUGUUAAGAAAGACUCAUAGUUAUCACAGCACUAACAGUAACUUGCUGAAUAAGCCUGAGUUGUUUGAAGAGGGUGACUAUAGUUGUCUCUCUAUUUGUGACACUGUGGAAAUAUCCGAUUCUCUUUCAAAUAGUAUUCUUCUAUCCAACUCUCAAAGCUUGAGCACAGACAUUUCAAGCUUUUCUGAAAGUCACACUUGCCAUUUAAGCCCAAGUCACGAGGAGCUGGUCACCAUGGAGUCUGUAGAUUAUCAACAGGAGGAGGUGUGUGAAGAGAAGGACCCACUGUCCGAUUGCGGUUACAUUGAGUUACACUACUACCACACUCAGGAGUACCUGGUGCUGCCCGGCGACCAUGAGCUCGACCUGGAGACUGUGGAGAUCUUACAGCUAGAUGCCGAGGCCCAAGAGGCCGCCGGCUCUUUAUUGGAUCUGGCCGGAGGAGGCUAUUAG